AAUGUGACGCCAAAUAUACAGCUAAUCAAUCAUUUUGGAAAUAUUCACCUAUUCAACAACAAUUACAUUCAGAUAAUUUGUCACAAAAAAUUCGAGUACUUUCCCAACUUAAUGAAACUAAAGUAUCACAGACAGAGCAAUUAAUUGAUGAUAUUGUGAAACUCAAAGAAGAUAAAAACGUUAUUCAACAAAGUGUUGAUGCUGCCUUAAAUAAACAAGCAGAGAUUGAAAAAGAGUUGAAUGUUUUGAACACCCAAUAUGAAAAAGUUAAGCUACUGAUUGACCAAAAGCAAUAUGCAAGAACAAAACGAUCAAUGAAUCCAACAACAGACAUUAUGAAUAAUGAUACAGCAUGUUCAACAAAAUAUCGGAGAAGAGAUGAGUCACGUAAUAUUAUGGAGUUUAUUCAUGGUGGCAGUGAUGGUGCUAUUUAUGGUGCGUGGAAUCUUCUAUGUUAUAUUACUCCAAUAAAAUUGAUGGAGCAGUUUACAGCAAAUUACAAACGAGGAAAGUUCCUUGAAAAUUUAUGUGGAUCAAUUUCAAAUAGCUAUGUCAAAAGUAAAACUGGUUUAAACAAAGCAGUUGCCUUGAAAUAUAUUAAUUUUUUAUCACAACGUAAGUACAAUAUGAUAUGCAAAGUCCAAAAAUUCACAUUUUCAGACAAUUUUUCAAAUAUUUCCUCUGUAAAUUCAGUUCAAUACGGCAAUGUCAACUAUGAAUUGAACAUGUCAAAUGUUUCAAAUGCAAACAUUGAAAAGUUUGUUAAGUCAUUGGAUAUCGGGGAAAUCCAUCAAAUUCCAGGCUAUAGUGGAGUCUCAAGAACAGUGACUGCAUUAGUAACAAUGAUAGCUGAUUUAAAUUUAAAAGUGAAAGUCCUAAACGAAAAACUUGUUUGGUUUAAUGGUAACAUUAACCAUUUUGUUGUUGAGUUUUCUGAUGAUGGAGCUCCAGAGUCUCAAGAAAAAACCAUGACGAUUGGGACUUUAUCAAUGUGGAAUUUUGGCAAUCGCAUCCGCAGUAGGGAGUUUCAUUAUUCACUACAUAUGAUAACAGCCAGUGAAAAAGAUAAAGUGUGUGAACUGUUGUGGAAACAGCAUUCCGAAGAAAUGGAGUUGAUUGAAAGCAAUGUCUUUAACAUCAAUAACAUUAAAACAACUUUUGAAUUUGUGCCUUCAGCCGAUAUUUCAUGGUUGUGUUUUGCUGCGAAUGUGUUACCAACAAGUGCAACUUAUCCUUCUCCAUUUGCUAACGUGCAUAAAAGUGAGUUAACACAUCGAAAUAAAACUAUUGGAGGUGCUGAGGCAACAUGGCAGGUGCCAACCAUGGAUACACGACUGAAGGAAUUAACAAUCCUAAAAAAGUUUGAAAAUACACAAAAUGUGAAUGCUUCAGAAUCCGCAAGACAUAGCGAAAAGUUAAAUUUUAUGGCAGAAAACGGAAUCCGUCAACUUGGGGAACCUCAUAUUGGAAAAUUUGCUGAUUUGAUUCGCCCAGAACCACUUCAUUUAGAGAUAAAUAAUUGGCAACACGUUCUUGAUUUAAUUUAUAAAGAAUCAGUUCGCCGUGGAGUUUUUGACCAAUUUAUAGAUGCUUUAAGUAACCCACCUAUAAAGAAUCAGAUGAAUUAG